AUGGAAGAAGGAGGACAGGAGGCCAAGGCUGUAUGGGAUUGUGGCAGCCCUCUGUAUGAUUCAUAUGAGUUGGCUUCAAUUGGCCAUCUCAUUGAAAGGCAUCUUAUGGCGCUGCCAUCUUUGGGUGGAUCGAAAAGGUUCCUAAGCACGCAGCAUUCGCAUGCAUCCAGCGUAAUUCCGAUAUCGGCUUUAUCGACAUCGAAUUUCAGAUCCACCAGAAAAGCUAGAGGGACUUCUCUUGUGGUCUUCUUCACUCAACUUUUCAGAAAGAAGAUGUGGAAGAGGAAGGAAGAAGAGAAUAAGGAGAAGCCUAAAUAUAUGGCUGAUGCAGAGUCAACAUCUGUGAGGAACAAAGAGAAAGACAGAGCCACGGAAGUGCAGAGAAGAAGAAAAAAGAUGUCAAAAGCAAAGAGAAAGGCUUUACAGCAAGGACGAGCUUGUGGAAGCAAAAAAGAAUUAUGGGUUUUGGGAACUGGAGAGUCUUGA